AUGUGUCACGACCUUUUGCUUGCCUAUGGAAGACGUCAAUUCAGGAAGCUUCAGGCUCUCCCGAGCGAAAUCCACAUCUUAUGUCCGCGGCAACAUGACGACGACCACGCGCGAUACGAUGACCUGAACGAGAAGCACGAGUCAGGAAGAAGCGUCGCGGAAUUGGUGGCCGAAGCCAAAGAACGCAGAGAAGAGUUCCUCUCUUGCAUGCGGAUUCUGGCGUAUAACGAGGAAGUUGAGGAGUUACAAAAAUGGAUUUGGCAAAAGAUCGAUGACGCGCUGGAAAGGUGUGACCUCUGCAUCAAACAAUACUAUAUCGGAAAGAUAUGGCUCAUGGAACAACUGAAGGAACAGUAUGACGAUGAAGACAUCGAAAAGUUUUCUCGCAUGCUCGAUGAAUGUGACAUCAAACGGAUAAAGAGAAACUUGUCGACAGCUACUGCUACAUUACGACCAUUGCCACCAGAUCAGAUUGGGCUACACGUGCUUGACAGGGCGUCGUUAUUAUCCAUAUUCGAGACAUUGAGUUGCGAUGCUAUGCUGCGCAAUGACAGCUUGCUGACAGAACAUUUUGAUGAGCCUUUCAGGUUAAUUCAGACCAAACGCACUCUCAAGGUCUCCGACUACAUCCCAGCAGUCACUCGUUUUCUCUUCAGUACCAAUCAAGGCCGCAGCUUCUGGGCCAUUCAUUCUUGGAUGCGGUACCAGCGACCUCCGACUGCGACGGAAUUUGACUGGGCAAUUAAGGAAGGACUCCUUGAUGCGUUAAGGGUGGCGUCUCAACAAGGGCAGAUAGCCGCGGUCCAGCGGCUCUGGCGUGGCAUGCAGCUUAUUACCAAAAGGUUGGAUAAGGAGCAAAUCACACACAGUCUACGCGCUCUCGAAAUUGAUCCUUGUCGUCUCUCCGUCGAACACCUUGCCAUCCAAUCCCCUAGCUUGCGUUUCACCCUUAACACCGUCCAAAUCUUCCUAGAAAAGGCACCGGGAGAUUUCUGGGACGCAAUGCAAACAAUAUCGCCACAGGCCAUCGUUGAAGUUGUUUUCUAUAACCCCCAAUUAGAGGCGUUCCUCAUGCAAGCUACGGAGGGUGAGGCCUACGAGAAAUCAGCUAUGAAGGAUAUGCUAUCAUGGGUCAACCCGUUCAUGUCAUCUCUGAAAGGGCCUCAUCAGCCUACAGCAUGCAGAUCUCUUGUCUACCAACUCAUUGAUCGGCUGCAGGAUCAGCGUUUUCCGAACUUAGCGAGGUAUCACUGCUUCGAUGUCGGUCUGCUCAGUCUGCUCCAUACGCUUCGCAGUUUUACCGAUCAUGAAUCAUCAAGAGAAUCGGUAGCACGCGUUGUUCUAUCCGAGACCUUAGGGGUUGUGAGCGAAUACAUCAAUACAAUUCUCAAGCCUCCGCAAUUUGCUGUCGAGCAGGGGCGACAGCGUGCAAUCAAGUCACUUUGCAUGGAUGUCAUUCGCAACACAUUAGCGUUGGAGUGUCAGUCUCUCAAGAGUGAUUACGAAGUUAUCCUCAAGCAUGGUGCUCUUCAGCAUGGUGUGAGCACAUAUUCUUCCCACAUCUGGGAUGCUGUCAUUAUACACCUUCAUGAAGAUGAUUUAGCUCUAUCGACAUCUGCGCUGCUUGGCAUCUUACCGCUGGUUGGCCUAGAGAAAUUUUCCUUGAAAGAAGGGACGAAGCCGGAGAAGACACAUUUUAACACCAUAUAUGGGCAUCUUACUCAUAUCUCGUGCCAAAUUAUCGAAAGGCUGGCGGAUUUCAAACCAGAACACCUUGACGAGCUUUUCAAGAGCCAAGACACUGGUAGUGCUCUUGUAUCUACUCUCUUCGCAGCUGAUCAUAAUACCUAUCAAGCCGCUGUGGACCUGAUCAAAAAUGUCAGCGGUCAGUCUGCUCGCAGAGAUGCAAUCUCCCACCUACUACAGUCUUUUUUUACCACGACAAUGUACGGGCUAAGCUGGUCCUUCCGAAGAAUAUCCAACAUGAAGACGUUCGCCUCGGCUCCAAGAAUGAUACAUACUGGUACAGACAUUGUGGACAUACUCUGUGAUACCCAGACUGGUAUCCUCAGAGCUCGCAAGCUUGUUGAUCGUCGGGAGACGCUAUCUCUUCAAAAGCUCUGGGAGUACCUCUGGCAGGCUUUGACAACCAUCUUUGACGAAACGGAGGAGUGGCAUCGACGAGGUAACGACAAAGCGGUGAUGCUGGAAUUUUGCCGCGACAGUAUCCAAUUCGCCGAUCUUUUGUUUAGUCAAUAUGGCGUGUUUUUGAGCGCCGUUAUUGACGCGAAUCCUUCCCAAGAGGCUGCCGCUCGUGAAAACUUCCUUAAGCCUCCGACGGCGACAAUGAGUGGGAUGGCCAAGUGGCUUCGGCUCAAGGACGAGUAUCUUGCAACGACAUUGGUUGGGCUUGUGUCUAAGAUUCUCCGCCGCCUGGGCGAACUGGAUGUCACUACGUUGAAACAAGACGCUCUAGACUUCAUUGAGGGUGUCGCGGUCAAAAGUACCGUCAAGACGAUCAUUACUCCUCGGGAAAAGGCCGAGCUUGUGAGAGCUCUGGAGGCAUACUACAAGAAACCCGUGGUCACUGCGUCUACUGCUAGCCUCAAGAAGCAAAGUAUGAUUACGGCGUUCACUCAACCAGCCGACACUUCAGCUUCGCCAAGUCCUUCAAAAGCGACCGAUGAAUUCGACGAAAGCGAUAUCUCAGACAGUGUUCUGCUUCAACUGUCCCGGUCUGUUGAGCUAAGCAAAGAAAGAUUUGGGGCAGCCGAAGCUAAACGAAGGGCAGAAAAGCCUAUUGCAAAGCCACUUUCUGUUACGCCCAAGCCGGUUGCCUCUCCGGCUCCGUUGAAAUCGAACUUGGCUAUUCAAUCCUUCCGCGAGAAACGAGAGAAAGAAAGAGAAGCCAAAAAGAAGCGUGACCUUGCCGAAUUGGCACGUCUGAAGAAGAGCGCUCCAACUGGCGUCGCGGAGCAGACGGCCAUGCAAGGUUCUGCCAUUAGUGGGCUUGGGGUCCGAGGCAAGGACCACUCCGCUCCUGCUGAUAGUAUGAUGGUAUCUUCUGGCUCCGAGUCCGAGUCUGAAAGCGAAGACGAACUUGAUAGGGAACUCUUUGGACCUAGAACAAGCUCAAAACCAGACGCCGUGAAGGCCUACGAAGAGAGCAAGAAGAAGUCAUUGAAGAUACAAGGCCCCGUCAAGAAGAUCAAGCAAGUGCGCUCUGCGAAGGAUAUGCGUGCUCGACUAGCUCCGGACCUUUCAUCUUUGCACCGUACUCUUCUGGCUUGGGAUUUCUUUGCGAGCGGCGAUCUACCUACCAACUCGGGACGCACGGAUUAUACUCUUGUGUCUAACGCCUUCCGAGACCCCAUUGAGUAUCAGAGGACUUUUGAGCCUCUUUUAAUCCUUGAAGCUUGGCAAGGCUUUCAAGCCUCGAAAGAAGAAGGGGGCUUCAGGUCUUUUGAGAUCAAGGUCGCAACCCGUCUGUCUGUAGACUCUUUCGUGGAAGUCAGCACGAAUAUGCCUGGGAUGGACGCCAAAGACACCGGUGUCUUUGAAGCGGAUCUGGUCUUGCUCUCCAAAGCGAAUAACCCUACAAAUAAUCCGUCCGCACCUCACUGUUUAGCCAGGGUUGCUAAUAUCACCCGGAAGAAGGGGAUGGUUGAGGUUUCUUACAGGGUCAAUCCUGGUCAUCCUUUCAUCAACACACUGAGCCCUGGUGCAACAAUUUUUGGAGCAAAGAUUACGUCCUUAACGCCGCUUGAGCGUGAAUUCGGUGCUCUUAUGGCUCUUCAAUACUACGACCUUUGCGAAGAGAUUGUCAGAGCCAAGCCCUCGCCUAUUCUCAACUACUCGGAUGCGAGUCUCAACCCUAUUGCGGAUAACUACAACGUCAACCCUGCUCAGGCAAAAGCUAUAAAGUCUGCUAUGGACAAUGAUGCGUUUACCUUGAUCCAGGGACCUCCAGGUUCCGGAAAGACAAAGACCAUUGUGGCUCUGGUGGGUGCCCUUUUAACAAACGCCCUUAAAGACCAAGGGAUUGCGAUAGCUCGCCCCAUAGCGGCAAACAACGCAAGGCCCGCAGCACGGACAACGACCUCGAAGAAGCUCCUCGUAUGCGCGCCUAGUAACGCUGCCGUUGAUGAGUUGGUUAUGCGAUUUAAAGAGGGCGUCAAGACAAUCCACGGUCGUCACGAGAAACUGUCAGUUAUUCGUCUAGGAAGGAGUGAGGCAAUCAACACUAACGUCCUGGACGUUACUCUCGACGAACUAGUCAAUGCUAGACUGAAGCAGACUUCCGGCGAAAAAUCAGGCGAAACAGAUCUACAGAAGAUCUACAUGGAGCACAAGGCUGCAGACACAGCGUUUAAAGAAGCUCGCUCGAGAAUGGACCAGUGCAGAGCGCAAGGCCUUGCCGCCCCUGAAGAGCUACAGCGCGAGUUCGAUCUGCUCAAAAAGAAGAAGACGCAACUGAGUCACCAAAUCGAUAAUGCCAGAGACAAGAAUCACUCUGCGGCCCGCGAUGCCGACCUCAAUCGAAGACGGAUCCAGCAGGAGAUUAUUGACGGGGCCCAUGUCAUUUGCGCCACGCUCAGCGGUAGCGGACAUGAGAUGUUCCAAAACUUGAGCAUCGAAUUCGAGACUGUUGUGAUUGACGAGGCAGCCCAGUCCAUCGAAUUGAGCGCCCUCAUUCCCUUGAAGUACGGAUGCUCCAAAUGCAUUCUUGUUGGAGACCCGAAGCAGCUGCCACCUACAGUUUUAUCAAAGGUCGCGUCAAAGUAUCAGUAUGAACAGAGUCUCUUCGUCCGCAUGCAAGCGAAUCAUCCCAACGAUGUCCAUUUGCUGGAUACCCAGUACCGUAUGCAUCCAGCGAUCAGCAUGUUCCCGCGUACAGCGUUCUACGAAGGCAGGUUACAAGAUGGUCCGAAUAUGGCUAAGCUGCGUACUCGCCCUUGGCAUCAAAGUGAGCUCCUCAGCCCGUACCGAUUCUUUGACGUGCAGGGUCUCCAUCAGAGUGCACCAAAGGGCCACUCAUUGGUCAACUUGGCAGAAUUGAAAGUUGCCAUGCAACUCUAUGAGCGCCUUUUGAAGGAUUUCCGGGAAUACGACUUCACCGGCAAGAUUGGUAUUAUCACUCCGUAUAAAGGACAGCUAAGGGAGUUGAAGAACCAAUUUGCUAACAAGUACGGGAAUGCUAUUUUCAACAUGAUCGACUUCAACACUACGGAUGCUUUUCAAGGUAGGGAAGCUGAGGUUAUUAUUUUCUCUUGUGUCCGGGCUUCAAACAAAGGAAUUGGUUUCUUGUCCGAUAUCCGUCGUAUGAAUGUCGGUCUGACCCGCGCGAAAUCCUCGCUUUGGGUUCUUGGUAAUUCGCAAUCGUUAGUUCAGGGAGAAUUCUGGAGAAACCUGAUUACAGACGCCCGCCAGAGAAACGUCUACACUAAUGGCGAUAUCCCGAGAAUACUUGAGAGGCCGCAAUUUACUGGUUAUAAGAAUGUGGAGAUGGCGGAAGCCGAAUCUCCAGGGCCUUCAAGAGCCCCUUCCGCUUCGUCUAUUUCUCGACCACCCUCAAUCUCACUUGAGAACCUCCCUUCCGAAUCACCCGUCUCUGCAGCUGCGUCAGGAACAGGCACACCGAUUAAUAAACCGGAUGGACCAUCAGGUGGCGGCAACGGUUUGGACGAGACGCGCAACUGUGGAAUUUGCGGUAGCUUCGCUCAUAUGACUCAGAAUUGCGAUAACGAGGAGUCGAAGGAAAUGGCUCGCGGCAAUACUACCUGCUUCAGAUGCGGCGAGGCCGGCCACACUAAGUUCAACUGCACGGCAGAACGUUGCAGAGAAUGUGGCCAAUUCGGCCACAGUUCGCAUACUUGCCGCUCAACCAAGGUCCUGCCCAAGCAUGAAAAGGCCAAGAUAGCGAGGGAGGAACUACACCAUUCCCGUAAUCAAACACAGCGCGUCGAAAAGCAGCGGCUGAAACAAUUGGGUGGCCACGAUCCCAAAGUGCCUACUAUCGCGGUCUCCACGAACAAGCCGAAGCCUCAGGGCCCCGACGGCUCUGGCAAGCGCAAACGUACAGAUUCGCCAUUGUCUGAUGGAUCGAAAGGCCCUCGGCCGGGCAAGAAUAACCAGGGUGCACCUCCAAAUGCGCCAAAUGGCCCGAAGAGUCAGCGGCGGAGGGUCGAAGCAAAUAUUCCACCUCCAAGCACAGAGAAUCUGAUGAAGCCUUCGCGCGAUGGGCCAGCGUACGCUCCGUUAAGCAGUAGCAAAUCAAUCGGUGGUCCGCAGACAGGCCCAGGUCCCACGAAUCUUCCUCCUCGGCCACCACCACAGCGACCAGGGAACGGAGUGCGACCGCCGCUACCGCCCAUGCGCAAGAAGAAAGACGCCGACCCAUUCAUACGGCCGAAGCGUCGAUAG